AGCUAGUCCGUCAAGCAGCCAUAACUAGCUCCGUUACCGGUAGCUAACAGCGGUACUGUGUAAACAUGCACAAGCACCGGCACAUGGUUUGCUAACAACACCAAUGCUUUCCGCUGUAGGGGAAGAAUAUACUCCCGCUGAAGCAUGAACACAGCAAGACAAGUGCUGAACUGCACCAAGUUUGUAUGCCAUACAGCAAGCAUAAACUGCAGAAGAAGGUUUUGCACUUCUCAAUAUUUAAAGAUGUCACGACACACACACUCCAAAAGGAUUGCAGGACUGGACAAGAAUGUCUGGGUGGCGUUUACUUCCUUAGCAGCAGACCCAUCCAUUGUUAACCUGGGCCAGGGUUUUCCGGACAUCCCUCCACCUUCUUAUGUCAAGGAAGCACUAGCAAAGGCUGCAUCUGUGGACAGGAUGAACCAGUACACCAGAGGAUUUGGUCAUCCGUCUUUAGUGAAAGCCCUUUCUCAGGUGUAUGGAAAGGUCUGUGGGCGCCAGAUUGACCCCUUCAAAGAAAUCCUGGUCACAGUGGGAGGUUAUGGUUCUUUAUUUAGCACCAUGCAAGGACUGGUGGAAGAGGGGGAUGAGGUUAUCAUAAUAGAGCCUUUCUUUGACUGCUACGUACCCAUGGUGCGAAUGGCAGGGGCCAAGCCUGUGUUGAUACCGCUACGCCUUAAGCCUGGAAAGAAGCAGACAGUCACAAGUUCUGACUGGUUUCUUGAUCCAGAUGAGCUUUCCAGUAAAUUUAACUCUAGAACAAAAGCCAUCAUCAUCAACACCCCUAACAAUCCUAUAGGGAAGAUUUUUACCAGAGAUGAGCUUCAGAUGAUUGCUGACCUCUGUAUCAAACAUGACACACUCUGCUUUAGUGAUGAGGUUUAUGAGUGGCUCGUCUACAGGGGACACCAGCAUAUCAAAAUCGCCACUCUGCCAGGAAUGUGGGACAGAACAAUCACUAUUGGCAGUGCAGGGAAAACAUUUAGUGUCACUGGAUGGAAGCUCGGUUGGUCUGUAGGGCCAGAACACCUGAUAAAGCAUCUUCAGACCGUCAUGCAGAAUACUCUUUACACCUGCCCAACUCCUCUGCAGGAAGCUGUUGCACAAGGUUUGCUCCUGAACUUGGAGAUUAUGGGUCAGCCUGAGUGCUACUUCUCCUCCCUGGCAGAGGAGCUAGAGGGGAAGAGGGACCGUAUGGCUGCAAUCCUGCAAGAAGUUGGUAUGACUCCUGUCAUCCCAGAGGGAGGCUACUUCAUGCUGGUGGAUGUCACAUCUCUCAAUCAGGACCUGUCACACAUGGACGAUGAUGAUGCUUAUGACUACAAGUUUGUCAAGUGGAUGAUUAAAGAAAAGAAACUAGCAGCCAUUCCAGUCACAGCAUUUGUUGGAGAUGAGUCCAAGAAGCAGUUUGAGAAAUAUAUUCGCCUUUGUUUCAUCAAGCAAGAUAGUACUCUUGAUGCUGCGGAGAAAAUCUUGAAAAACUGGAGUGAGAAAUAAUGGACAGUUGUGUUCAAAGACAUAAGCGUGUCGUGGGGGGGUUGAAUAAAUGUGUGCUCAAACUGAGGAAACUGUAUUCAACUGUGUGGUUUACCAACAUUUUAUUUUGGAAAUGAGUGAAAUUUUUUUCAUUAGCUUUUAGAUCUAUAUUUUUCUGACCUUGCAGUCAAUGUAAUCUUUGCUUGGAUUUUAAGUGAUGCAGAUAAAUAUUAACCAAGUAUUAAUAAGUGUUAAUUUAACUAUGAUCAAAUGAUGGAUGCAAACCAUUCAUUCCUGUUGCUUUGCUGUAGAAAAGCUUUGCAAAGAGUGUUAGCAUCCUACCACCUGAAGUGUUGAAGGGUCUGCUGACACUUAGCAGGGACCUGUCUUUACCUCCAAUAAAACUGUGAAAUGCACACAUAAAUCCUAGGUCUGACAGUAGUAUUUUAUAGCCUCAGAUAGUGUUGUUAAAAAAAAAAUGACUUGAUCUGCUGCUUAGAUUUUAUCACUCAGUAUUCAGCGUGUAGUUUACAUGCACAGUUAGUCGAGCUACAGUUAUAGCUUGAGUAGGCAAUUUAAUUGGACAACUGUCCUUGUCCCAUUAGCCCUGCAGGAAAAUCGCUUUAUUGUCAGGAGUAUGUCCACCAGCUAUGCUAUAGUAGGGGACAGCUUUCAGCUAGUUAUGACUGGACCUACAGUGCUGUGAAAAAGUAUUUGCUCCCUUCUGAUUUCUUAUUUUCUGCAUAUUUUUAACACUUAAGUGUUUCAGAUCAUUGAACAAAUUUAAUAAAUCAGACAAAUGGCAAUUUUUAAAUGAUGGUUUAAUUUGUUAAGGACAAAAAGCCACCCGAGCCUAUCUGGCCCAAUCUGAAAAAGCAUUUUCGAUAACUGUGGAUGACUCUUUCACAUCACUGUGUAGGAAUUUUGACCCACUCUCUUUUGCAGUGUUGUUUUAUUUCAGUCUCAUUGGAGGGUUUUUGGGCCUGACUGGUCUGUUUUAGGUCAUGCCACAGCAUCUCAAUUUGUACUUUAAUGGCUUUUUUCCCUUAAUAAAUGAAAUCAUCAUUUCAGAACUGCACAUUGUAUUCACUCGGGUUAUCUUUGUCUAAUACUAGAAUUUACUUGAUGAGCUGAAACAUUUAAGUGUGGCAAAUAUGCAAAAAAGAGAAAUCAGAAGGGACCAAAUACUUUUUCACAGCACUGUAGGUACUGUUGACCUUCCUAAGAAGUUAGCAGGCAGGUAACUGGUUGUAUGCCUUACAGUGAAAAUAAAACAAACUUUGCAGCUCUUUACAUUUAAUACUCCAUGCUUUACUUUUGGUACAGAUGAGAUAAAUGCUGUGACCCUUGGUAUGUUUAGCAUUUAUGCUUUUUUACUUCUGGGCAGGACACCUGAGCCAGUCUGAUUAAGAUUGAGGAGUUUACAAAUCAAUCUCCAACUGAAUUCUCUCUAUGUUAGACUAACUUUAAGAAAUGUGAUUUCUGAGUUCCAGUCAGACUGACUUCACACGGUUUAAAAGUUCUGUUGUGGAUCAGUGAAUUGACUUUUACUAACUGCAUGUUAAUGUACUGAAUGUAAAUUUUAGCUUCAACAUCAGUGUUUUUUAAAUUGUAAAGCAAACCACAAAUGCUGCUUAUCACUAAUGUAUCAAAAAAAGUUAUUUUUAUUAAAAUCUGUGUUAAAUCGG